CAUACGUCAUCACACGAAUAUGGAAAACCAUCCCUACGGGGCUCAGAAAUGCCUGUUUAUAGUUUAACCAUAAAAUAUAUGUCUCACACUUACUAAACACUUAAAAUUUACUGUAAUUAGAAUUGACAGGUAUAUAGUUUAGUUUUACUUUUUUCCUUUACAGUGAACACAUUCCAUUCUCAGUCUCCUUAUUGUUUCAUUGUUUUUAAUUACAUAAACAGAUUUCAUUACCUGUCUGGUCUGAUAUUGUUCAUUCAUGGAAGAGGAGUAGGAGAUACAACAUAAAUGUGGAUCAACUCAAUAUGUAGUCUGCAUCUGACCAUGGAUGCAUUUUAUGAAUUGGUGUUUUUUCUGAUGAUCCCAGACUAUGACCCCAAGGAAGACAGAAAGGCAGCACGGCAGGCUGAGAGGGCAGAGGCCAAGCGGAGACGGCUGGAGAUGAAACAACAGGACAAAAUUAAAGAAAUGGAAAAAAAGAAGCUGGCAAACAAGAAGAAGAAGGCUGCAAUCAAGGGCCGCAAGAAGGUGCUCCGCAAGGCAUACAGGAAUCGGGGAAGAAAGAGGAAGGAAACCUUUGAGAGUGACAAUGAGGAUUCACCCAGUCUGGAUGACUCGGACAGUGCCUCAGAGGACUCAGUAUCAGAGCAGCCACAACCAGAGGACCUGGUGCCUGUGAAGCCAAGAGUGAUGCUGAAAAGGCGACUCCCAAAGAGACGGAGCUCCUUGGUGAUAAGUGAGGUGACUGUAACAAUGGAGACAGUGAAGUACAGUGAGCCAGCAUGUACAGUUGAGCAGCCAGCAGAUGAGCACGAAGCACCAAAAGAGUGUGUCCAGCCUUUUUCCAAAGCAGAGGAAAACUUAGAUAACCAUCAAGGCCCUUGUGAGGAGACACACCCUAACAGUAGUCCUGAUAGUGUUAUCCCACAAAGAAGCGAGGAGCUCAACCAUCAUGAGGAACAAGAGAAUGAGAUGAAUUUAUUGAAUGAGUAUUCUCAGCUUCCUCUCAAUGAAGGAUUACCUGAAACCCACAUUAUUGAAAACAUGAUCUCUGAGGAGGAUGAAGAUGUAGAUGUUGAAAAUUCACCUAAAACCAACAUCAAUGAAAGCAUGAUUACUGAGGAGGAUGAAGAAGUAGAUGUUGAAAAUGUAACUGAUAGCUACAUUACUGAAAACAUGAUAUGUGGGGAAGAAGAAGAUGUAGAUGUUGUAAACGACUCAAAUACAAGCCAACAGAAUGAUGUCAAUAGCAAUGAGCCCAGUAACAGCAGCAGCACCACCACCAUCACCAGCACUAGCACCAGCACCACCACUACCACUACCACCACCAGCAUCCCCACCACCACCACCACCACCUGUGAAGAUGAACAUUCAGAGAACAUGGAGACAAUGAGUCUGUUGUCUCCCUGCAAUCCUGCACCAGAACUAGCAAGUGAUGACGAUGGUCAGAGAGUGUGGCACUUCCCUGUGUCAGCCAUCCAGACUUUGGAGGAUGGACGGCAGGUCAUCUUGGUGCCCACCUCCAGUGGCCAUAACAGUGUGCCAGUCCCCAUACUGCCCCCUGGCACCUCCAAUGUGGUGGUGAUGGCCACCGAUGUUCCAGACUCCCCUGGAGAACUCAUUUAUCAUGUUUAUGUGGUGUCUCCUGUCGAGACUGGAGACUCUUAGUCAAGCACUAGCCCCUCACCACAAGGUGUGGGGAUGGGAGUGGUGUGGGGCUCUGGUGAUCAUCAGACCCUUUCCAGCAGUACAGUCUUGUCGUAGAUGUACUUUUUAUUUAACUUUGAAAUGUGAUACUAAUGUGUAAGCUUAUUUAUAUUAUUUUUUACUGGGAAAUCUUACAUAAGAAAUGGAAAUACUUAUAAGCAUUAUUGGCCAUAUCUGUAUUGUGAAAUAGGUGUUUGUUCUUUUAAGUAGUGUAAGUAACAUGUAAAUUGAAGUUAAAAACUGCCAUAUUUUAUGCAUAGAUUUUGAUAUUGUAUAGUCUCAGGAAAGUAGAGUUGAAGAUGGGAUAUACCGGACUGUCACCAGAACCAAGUUGCUGUGUCAGGCUCGUGAGGGACUACAAUCUUCAGCUUUUUAAGGUUAACAACUUUGUAAGGUAGUGUACAGUCUCACUGAGCUGUUACCAAAGCUAGUCAAUCAAUAGUGAUAAGUUUUUAACAUGUUACAUUUAUAAUUAGUAUCCCUACUCUUAAGCAGGAAGUGGGAAGGUGAAUGACUGGGUGUGAGGGUGGGAGGGUUAGUGGCCAGGAAGGGGAGGGGUGCAGGCAUGAUUGCUUGUGUUGACUGUGCUUGUGUCCUGUGACUGGCUGUUGUGUGUCGCCAAAGUUGUCUGUAGUGGAAGGUUAUGAUGUAUGCUUACUAUUAUGAUAAAUGUUAACUAUUGGUAAA